AUGCGUGCACCAUCAAGAAAAGCUCGACUCCCGCUCCUGCUCUUGGCGCUGGUCGGGGUCGAGGCGCUCCGCAUAGAUCGACGGCACUCUGACGUCGGAUCAGCCUCGGCCUCGCUGUUGUCCAUGUCCAGUGCCAGUGCAGCUGUGGCUUCGAGCAGCGCUGUAGCAAGCUCCGCCUCGACACUCUUGGGCAGUACCAGCGGUAUCCCGGGCUCCAGCGCAGUAUCGGCCAGCUCAAGCAGUUCAGCAUCGGCAUUAACGUCAACCAUAAGCGCGGCCCCUUCCUCUAGCUCAGCUGUGCCCGUCUCGUCCUCUUCGGCAGCGCCUUCUUCCUCAUCCUCUCCUUCGUCAUCUUCCCCGGUCUCGACCAGUAGUGAGCCGACCUCCUCGAUCGGUCAGGUAUCGAGCAGUACAGUCCUCUCGUCCUCUUCAGGAUCAUCCUCCGGCUCUAUCGCAGUAUCUUCAUCUGCGUCUGGGACACCUACGGCAUCUUCAACCUCAUCCUCAGAACCACCAUCUUCCUCCGUGCCCAUCUCAACCACCGCGCUCCCAUCUGACGCCUCCUCGUCAUUGUCCUCUUUCGCCCCCUCCUCCACAUCCACCACACCACCCACCUCUAUCCCCUCUUCCUCGUCCUCUCCCCAACCCAGCUCCACCCUCACCCCCGCCGCAGCCCCCGCCUCGUCAUCCACACCGCCCCCACCCGUCUUCACCCAGACGUACACCGCCACCGCCCCCGACGGGUCCGUCUCGGUCGGUACAGAGACCCUGACAGUGUAUGUCACGGCAUCACGGGCUAGUCAGACUGCAAAUGCGCCUGCACCUGUAGUUACGGUCACCAGAACAGCCACGGAUACGAACGCCGGCGGGGACGUAUGGGUCACUGUCACCCGUACUCAGGGGACAGAUACCGCCGGAGAUUUUAUCGUAGCUACAAUCACCUCCGUCGUCAGAGUCACAGUCAUACCCCCCAGCACCCGCACAGAAACGAUCACCGGCGACGUCGGGCAGCUACAGCGGAGCGCUGCCUUCCGCGUAGCUCGAGGAGAAGGUAUAGGAUGGGCGAUGAUAUUGGGUCUGGGCGGGGUCGCGAUCGGGGCGGGAUGGAUCGCUUGA